AUGACUGGGAAGAGCCACGCCGGCGCUCCGGCGUCGGGGCACGCGGCGACGGUGGCUGAGGCGAAGGCUUUGCUUCUCCAGUGUCAGCAAGCGGUUACGUUGCACGAGCUGUUGCCGCGUUUGGAGACGUUUUUCUCGCUCUUGAAGAGGGCGAGCGCCACCAAGAAUCUCCGGUUUUCCUUUUCUCGCGCGCCGACGCGAACGGCUCCGGGCGAGGCUCCUGACAAGUUCACGACUUGGCUGCUCCGCGCCUUUGAUCAGUUCCAGGCGAUUCUCGCGGACCUCUUCGAGUCGCGAGAUCGCGAAGAUGAAGUCCAGAGUGUCGCACUCCGCUUCUUCAUGCGGCUGCUGAUGCACCAGCAUUCCCUCGAACUCGCCAGUCGCCGCUCCAUCCGACCCGAAGAAAAGAGCGCGUUUCCCCUCGCAGCCUACCAGCUGCUGAUUGCUCACCUUCUCCGGGCGUCGCGGUUCUCCGACUUUCUGCGAAACACACUCCUGACCGAUUACCUGUGCAAGUUCGCGGAUCUGCGCUACUACUUCCUCGUGGUCCUCCGAAAAAUCCUGUCCGAGCAACGGCGCGCGCCUUCCCCGAAGGGCGGACUGGACGCCGCUGAAGGCGAGACACCGGCUGUGGAUUCUGCCACAGAGCGCGACGAGGGGGAAAACCCCGGCGAGGCUGCGAGCGACGAGCCCAGCGUUUGCACAGACACGUCUCCUGGCGACGCGGAGAAAUGGUACGUGUGGAAGGCCGAGAACCUCCCGGAACUCGCGCGGCGGCUCUUCCCGCUUCUGAUAGGCCUCCCGGCUCCAGAGGGAAGAGCGCCGAGGAAGGCGCGAAGCGGUUCGACGGCUCGCGAGGACGCAAGCUCGAGUGACAUCGACUUGCCCGACGACACAGGCAGCGACGACGAGCUGGGCGUUUCCGUUCCUCGCGGACGCGCCUCGGCGGGGAGUUGUUUCCUCGCGAGCAUUAAAACGACAAAGUGCGCCGACCCCGCGCUGUACAGAUCUCUCCUCCAGGAAGUCUGGCUGCUGUAUCUUCGCAAUCUUCCCAGAGAUCUGGAAAUGACGCAGAAACUCCUGCAUUCGGUGCCGAAGGCGCUGCUGCCGCACAUGUCGAAUCCCCUGCUCCUCUCGGAUUUCUUUCUCGACGCCUUCCACGCGUCCGACAAGACCAUCUCCGUCGCCGUUCUCGCGCUCUCAGGGCUCUUCUUCCUCCUCGCAAAACACCGCCUCGGCGACCCAGAUGCGCUCGUCGCCUCGGCCGAAACGAACGGUGGAGAGUCGGCGGCUCAGGAGGAACCCGAGCCGUCGAAUUCGAGGAAAGUGUGCUUCCACUUCUACCAGCGCCUCUUCCAGCUCGUCACUCCCGCCGCUUUCUCCGUGUGCAAGAACGGCCGGUUUCUGCGUUUGCUGAACGCUGCGCUGCGCAGCUCUUUGCUGCCAAACAGUCUGGUUGCAGCCUUCAUCAAAAAAUGCUCUCGAGUGGCCUGCCUCGUUCCGCCCGCCACCGCGCUCUACCUCGUCGCCCUGGUCUACGCGCUCCUCAAAAAGUACGGGUCCGUUUGCGUCUCCCUUGUCGACGUCCACCCUUCCCUAGCUGCGCAACUCGUCGUCGAGGGCGAUCGCUUCGACCUUGCCCAUCUCAGCCUGCACGCCCCGCCCGCCGAGAGUGUCUCCGGAGACGCCGCGGACGCGGAAGAGCGACGGCAGUUCGGAGACGCAGGCGCCGACCCGAGACAGCCGCGCGACGCUCUCGCGGGCGUCCUGCGGCGCUGUCUCCCGACCCACCUGGCCGUGGAAAAGUCGGGCGUUUUAGCGUGUGUGAAGCAGCAGGCGCAAAUGUCGCUGUGGGAACUGGAUCUGCUCAAGUCGCACUUUUUCCACGCGGUCAGGCAGCUCUCGUGCAUGCUCGACAGCGACGUAACGAAGCCUGGGGGGAAAGACGUCGACAUCGACGAUUACCUAGGCUUCAACUUCGACGCGCUUCUCUCCCGAGAGCUCAAGACUGCCGCGAGGGCAAAAGCCGUGGCGGUCGUCUUCAAGAAAGAGGAGCGCGUUGCGGAAGACGUCGAAAACCUCGCCAGCGUCACGGUGGAGUGCUUUCGGAAACGCCGAAAACUCUAG